UAUUUUAGGUCAGUCAAUAAUUUCCUGAUGACUGGUCCCAAGGCCUAUCUGAUCUAUUCUAGCAGUGUGGCCGCUGGUGCUCAGAGUGGUAUUGAAGAAUGCAAAUACCAGUUUGCCUGGGAUCGAUGGAACUGUCCUGAGAGAGCACUCCAGCUGUCCAGUCAUGGCGGGCUACGCAGUGCCAAUCGAGAGACAGCCUUUGUGCAUGCUAUCAGCUCUGCUGGGGUCAUGUACACAUUGACUCGAAACUGCAGCCUUGGAGAUUUUGACAACUGUGGAUGUGAUGACUCCCGAAAUGGGCAGCUUGGGGGCCAGGGCUGGCUAUGGGGUGGCUGCAGUGACAACGUGGGCUUUGGAGAGGCCAUCUCCAAGCAAUUCGUGGAUGCCCUAGAAACUGGGCAGGAUGCACGGGCUGCUAUGAAUUUACACAACAAUGAAGCUGGACGCAAGGCGGUGAAGGCCACCAUGAAGCGUACGUGUAAAUGUCACGGCGUGUCGGGCAGCUGUACCACCCAGACGUGCUGGCUGCAGCUGCCCGAGUUCCGAGAAGUGGGAGCGCACCUCAAGGAGAAGUACCACGCGGCGCUCAAGGUGGAGCUGCUGCAGGGAGCGGGCAACAGCGCGGCGGGCCGCGGAGCCAUCGCCGAUACCUUCCGCGCCAUUUCCACGCGCGAGCUCGUGCACUUGGAGGACUCGCCCGAUUACUGCCUGGAGAACAAGACGCUCGGCCUGCCGGGCACCGAGGGCCGCGAGUGCCUGCGGCGCGGCCGCGCCCUGGGUCGUUGGGAGCGCCGCAGCUGCCGCCGCCUGUGCGGGGACUGCGGACUGGCAGUGGAACAGCGGCGAGCAGAGACCGUAACCAGCUGUAACUGCAAGUUUCACUGGUGCUGCGCAGUGCGCUGCGAACAGUGCCGCCGCCGUGUCACCAAAUACUUCUGCAGCCGUGCUACUGGAGAGCGGCUGCGGCCCCGGAGGCGGCCCUAGGGCAUCACCCCCCGACUUCAGGACUGUGGGGGCACUUGGACCCGGCAGGGCGCAGCCCUCAGCAUCCCAGAGCUCCGGAAGCGCCCCAGGCGAGCCCUCCGACCCCCAGCUCCCAGCCCAGCCCCCUCCUGGCUGAUCCAGGCGCUGGGGAGGCGGGAGCACAGCAACCUAGUGUCGGUCCCCCCCAUCUCAUCGCAUGCUCUCUGACAGCCUCUGGCCCCCUGGGAAUGAGCUAAGGGUCCCAGGCCUAAUUCAUCUCAGAAUCCUUAGCCUGACUCCUCCCCUCAAUCACGUAGAGAUGGGGGAAGGGGGGAAGGGGUAGCACACAAAUGGGAGAGUACCUUCUUUUGUCCUAUAAUUACUGACCCUUCUUAAUUUAAGUGGGCUCUGUCCAAAAGUGUCCCUCUUUCUUAUGUGCAGCAGCCCUAACUGUGUGACCUUUAAAGCUGGAAGAAAACACACACACAUACUUUGAGACUGAUGGGACCCAGAUAAGGUCUUUUCUCACCUUAGACUCUUUUCUUAACAUUUUACUAGCUGCUGCUUCCUGGCAGCUCUAAUUACUAGUUCCCUUUCCCUAGUAACUCCUUUCUUCCUCAACAAAGGUGCCAGGUGGGAGGGAUCUUCCCUGCAUCCCCUGCUCUUCAAUUCCUGGGGAGAGAUUGACUUUGGAGAUUAAUUGGAGGAACUUGGGGAAGUCAAGUUUGGAUGAAUGAAACAGCUGAAUGAGGAGAGCCCUGCUUGUAUUCAACAGAAAAAAGAAGAAGGGUGCCAAUCCCAUGGGAUAGUCAUAUAACCUACUGGCACCUAGAAGUGGCACCCUGCAAAUAGCCAGAGAAGCCAUGAGCAUGAUUCCUGACUCCAGUGGCUUUGGAGAUGUACUGGGGAUGGAUUAGCAUGAUCCCUUAUUUCCUGAUCCCAUUUCCCUACUUCCCCAAUUUCACUUGAGGUGAGACUCCACUUGGGACUAUCUGCUCUAAACCCACACUGAUUCUAGAGAUCUGACCUGGAUACAGGCAGGAAGAAUGGAGCUUUAUUCCUAAAAGGUAGCUUCAUGUGGUGGUGGGGCUAUUUAAUUGCAUUAUAAAAAAAGACAUUUUCUGGUACAAAGCUGUGGACAAUCCUACCAAAAUGGAAAGGCUUUGAAUACAAAACCAAGGAUGUCUUUUGUCCAAGGACAGGCAGAACUAGGUUUGGAGACACUUCUCACCAAAUGAUGGAUCUCAUCAAUUAUAGCAGCUGCUUAAAACAACUGUCAGCUUAAGUGCAGAGAGAUCAUGAACUGAUUUGACGGAAAACUGAGCACACAAAAACAUGAGAGGGAAUGAAACCGAGGCUCUCUGAAAGACUGAGGUCAAUAGGAAGUUGAGCACUUUGAACUUUAUUUACUAGAAUCUGUGUCUAUAACAAUCCUAAUUGUUUGCUACCUUCUUUUGGAGAAUGUGCCUUUUUUUCCCCCUCUCCAGAACUGGAGAAUGGUGGUUUCCAGGCUUCCUGCUUAGGCCAAACAGUCUGGAUGCUAGUUGUCCUUCCCAAACUUCAGCCCCCUGCCCACUUAGCCAGGCUGUGGUUGAAGCUGCCAGCUGUUUGUAAUCCUCUAGCUAAUGUAAUAAAAUAGUAACCAAGAGCUUUUCCAAUGACA